UUUGGAUACAUUUUAUCUUGAAGUGUUGCUUUGGAAGCGAAUAACAACCCAAAGAUGCCGGUCAGACCCAAUACUGCCGUUGUCAACCGCACUGAGACCAUGAAUCCAGGAAAGAAGAUGAAAUCUAAGAAGAAGGAAAAGACAAGUACAGAGAAGGUCGUGGUUUAUGUGCCGGGGAUCCCAGAGCCAACAAACAGAGCUGAGCUCAUGAAAUAUUGGAUUAAUUUGACUUUGGAUGACAAGACCGCCAACAAGAUGUUGUGGAUUUCCGAUAGCGGCCUGAUGGUGCGUCGCAGAACUGAGGAGAUUUGUCCUGUCCUGGAUCGACCAGAGAGAUACGAGUACUCUCCCCAGGUGCUGUGCAAAGAGGGCUUGUUAAACGUGAGGGGUUACUGGGAGGUGGAGUACUCCGGGUGGGUGGUUAUCGGAGCCACCCAUGAAGGAGCUGGAAGGAGAGCGAAUGCUGGGCCGAGCGGGCUGGGAGAGAACGAGGAGUCCUGGGGCCUGUGUUGGUUGGGAACAUGUUACCAGAUCUGGUUCAACAGCGUAUGCAAAGACAUAAAGAAUGUCCCGUUUAGCCCCACGAUCGGCGUUUACAUCGACCAGCCUGCGGGGAUAAUCAACUUUUACACCAUAACUGGAGAGGGGGCGGAGAGGGAGGCGAUGCUGUUGUACAAAGUGAAGACGACCAUCGACAAGAAGAUUCUGCCGGGUUUCUGGAUGGGAGUUCAGUCCACGUGCACGAUGCUGAGGAAAACAGAUUGAACUAAAAAUGAAUGCAUAUGUGUCAAUGAUGUGGUGGCCAGGCGAGCGCCACUUGAGACACAUCUUAUUUAAUCUCUUUAAAUAAUAUGUAACAGGAUUUAAUAGUAUUUAACCUCCAAAUCCAAAAAGCAUCAAUUCUGUUCUGGUUUGGUGGGGUGUAUAUUUAUUGUAUAUUGACUGGUCAUGAUUGACUGAAAACAUAUUUUUCUAUUUUUAUUUACUUGUUGUGCUUUUAUUGUGUAAAUUAUGUCCCGUUAUAAAUAUCAGCAUCGUGAAUAUUAGUGUACUGAUAAUGUUAUUUUUGGUAAGUU